CUUAGCCGGUGCUCAGCCUGAUGGAAGCCCGGACUGACGCCAGCCUCCAGCAGGAAUUUUUUUAAGGGAAGCAAGCUGAAUGACCCAGGCGACAGGAGGGCCGCAGGAUAACGCCCUUUCCGCCGGAAGUCGGUGUCCGAGUCUCCACGUGCCGUUCCUCCCCCCUCCCCACCCGGGCCUGUAGCGGCGGCUCAGCUGCUGCCAUGGAGCCUGCGGAUCUGGAACAGAUCCUAAAGGAGCUGCUGCUGCCGGACACCGAGCGCAUCCGCCGGGCCACGGAGCAGCUCCAGACCGCCCUUCGGGACCCCGCUGCCUUACCCGCUCUCUGCGACCUGUUGACUUCGGCCACCGACCCUCAGAUCCGCCAGUUUGCAGCCGUCCUGACCCGCAGGAGACUGAACACCCGCUGGCGACGCUUGGCACCUGAGCAGCGGGAGAGCAUCAAGACCCUGGUCCUGACAGCCCUGCAGAGGGAGACUGAGCAUUAUGUGAGUGUCAGCUUGGCCCAGCUCUCAGCCACCAUUUUCCGAAAGGAAGGCCUGGAAGCCUGGCCUCAGUUCAUGCACCUCCUUCAGCAAAGUACCCACAGUGCCAACAGCCCCGAGAGAGAGGUGGGACUCUUGCUGCUGAGUGUGGUGGUGUCGACCCAACCCGAGGCGUUCUACCCCCACCAGCGGGGGCUUCUGCAGCUUCUGGCCGACACUCUGGGUGAGACAGGCGCCCCCAGAGUCCUCUUCUACUCCCUGCGCACUCUGGCCGCCUUGGCCCCCUACCUCAGGACUGAUGAUGUGCCUCUCGCGCGGAUGUUGGUGCCCAGACUCGUUACGGCAGUGAGGACUCUGAUCCCCAUAGAUGAGGUAAAGGCCUGUGAGGCCCUGGAGGCCCUGGAUGAACUGCUGGAGUUAGACCUGCCCAUCAUCACUCCCCACCUCUCUGAGGUCCUCACAUUCUGCCUGGAGGUGGCUAAAAACGUGGCCCUUGGCGAUACAAUUCGUGUGCGCAUCCUCUGCUGCCUCACUUUCUUGGUCAAAGUCAAAAGUAAGGCCUUACUGAAGAACCGCCUCCUGCCUCCCUUGCUGCAAGCCCUCUUCCCAAUUAUGGCUGCGGAGCCACCCCUAGGCCAGUUGGACCCUGAAGACCAAGAUUCUGAUGAUGAUGAGUUGGAGAUCGGGCUGAUGGGGGAGACCCCCAAGCACUUUGCUGUACAGGUUGUGGACAUGCUGGCGCUCCACCUUCCCCCUGAGAAGCUCUGUCCCCUUGUGAUGCCCAUGCUGGAAGAAGCCCUACGGAGUGAGUUCCCGUACCAGCGGAAAGCAGGCUUCCUGGUGCUGGCUGUCCUGUCUGAUGGUGCUGGUGACCACAUCAGGCAAAGGCUGCUGUGCCCACUGCUGCAGAUCGUGUGCAAGGGCCUGGGCGACCCCUCCCAGGUGGUUCGAAAUGCUGCUUUGUUCGCCCUGGGCCAGUUUUCAGAGAACUUACAGCCCCACAUCAGCAGCUAUUCAGAGGAGGUCAUGCCCCUGCUCCUGGCCUACCUGAAGUCAGUGCCUACCGGGAACACCCAGCACCUGGCCAAGGCCUGCUACGCCCUGGAGAACUUCGUGGAAAACCUGGGGCCCAAAGUGCAGCCCUACAUACCCGAGCUCAUGGAGUGUAUGCUGCAGCCUCUGAGGACCCCCAGCAAAGCCCGCACCAGGGAGCUGGCUGUGAGCGCCAUCGGGGCCAUUGCCACAGCGGCCCAAGACUCCCUGAUGCCCUACUUCCCUACUAUCAUGGAGCUUCUCCGGGGCUUCCUGCUGACGGGCCACGAGGACCAGCAGCUCGUGCAGAUCCAGAGCCUGGAGACCCUGGGAGUGCUGGCCCGGGCCAUGGGGGAGUCCAUGAGGCCCCUGGCCGAAGAGUGCUGUCAGCUGGGGCUGGGGCUAUGCAGCCACAUAGAUGACCCCGACUUACGGCGUUGCACGUACAGCCUGUUUGCAGCCUUAUCGGGGCUAAUGGGCGAGGGCCUGGGACCCUACCUGCCGCAAAUUACCACGCUCAUGCUGCUGUCACUGCGCUCCACCGAGGGCAUCGUGCCUCAGUAUGAUGGAAUCAGCUCCUUCCUUCUGUUUGAUGAUGAGAGCGAGGAGGAAGAAGACCUCAUGGAGGAGGACAUGGAGGAGGAGGAGGUGGAGGACGACUCUGAGAUCUCGGGGUACAGCGUGGAGAAUGCCUUCUUCGACGAGAAAGAAGACACCUGCACAGCCCUGGGGGAGAUCUCUGUGAACACCAGCGUGGCCUUCCUUCCAUACAUGGAUAACAUAUUUGAUGAGGUGUUCAAACUGUUGGAGUGUCCCCACCUGAAUGUGCGGAAAGCGGCCCACGAAGCCCUGGGACAGUUCUGCUGUGCCCUCCAGAAGGCCUGUCAGAGAAGCCCCUCCGAAGCCAGCAGUGCCGCUCUGCGGUCCUCCUUGGCUCGGGUGAUACCGUCCUACAUGCAGGCAGUGAAGGUGGAGAGGGAGCGCCCGGUGGUGAUGGCCGUGCUGGAGGCCCUGACAGGGGUGCUGCGCGCCUGCGGGAACCUGGCCCUGCAGCCUCCUGGACGCCUCAGUGAGCUCUGCACGAUGCUCAAGACGGUGCUGCAGAAGAAGACAGCCUGUCAGGACACGGAGGAGGAGGAGGAAGAUGAAGAAGGAGACCAGGCAGAGUAUGACGCCAUGUUACUAGAGCAUGCUGGAGAGGCCAUCCCCGCCCUGGCAGCCGCCGCCGGAGGACAGGCCUUCGCGCCUUUCUUUGCCAGUUUCCUGCCAUUACUGCUGUCCAAGACGAAGCAGAGCUGUACGGUGGCGGAGAAGUCCUUUGCGGUGGGAACCCUGGCCGAGUCGAUCCAGGGUCUGGGCGCCGCCUCAGCCCAGUUUGUGUCCCGGCUGUGCCCUGUGCUGCUGAACGCCGCCCGGGAAGCGGACCCCGAGGUGCGGAGCAACGCCAUCUUCGGGCUGGGUGUACUUGCGGAGCAUGGGGGCUGCCCUGCUCAGGACCACUUCCCGAAGGUCCUGGGCCUCCUUUUGCCCCUGCUGGCGAGGGAGCGGCAUGAUCGCGUCCGCGACAACAUCUGCGGGGCUCUUGCCCGUCUGCUGAUGGCCAGUCCAGCGAGGAAAGCGGAACCCCAGGUGCUGGCUACCCUGCUACAUGCCCUGCCACUGAAGGAAGACAUGGAGGAGUGGAUCACCAUAGGCCACCUCUUCAACUUCCUGCACCAGAACAACCCUGACCAGGUUCUAGACGUGGCUCCCGAGCUCUUGCGCAUCUGCAGCCUGAUUCUGGCGGACAACAGAAUCCCGCCAGACACCAAGGCGGCGCUGCUGCUGCUCCUGACCUUCCUGGCCAAACAGCACGCCGACAGCUUCCACGCGGCCCUGGGCUCACUGCCCGCUAACAAAGCUGAGGAACUCCAGGCCAUGCUGGGCCUCACCUAGACUGCGGGCUCCCGCCGGGCCCCCCCUCGGGCCCGAAGAGUACCAGUAGGCCCAGGCCCAGCUCAUCUCACCAAAGACUGUAUCAUCGGAAGUCAAUCCUGCUUGCUGUCUUACCGGGUGUCUCUGGGGCUGGAUCUAUACAAGCAGAGCUGUGACAUCAUACUGUAAUAAAGGCAGCUUGCUCCCUGCUCGGACACUA